AUGGCUGACAACCUAGCCCUUUUACCUGACUUUACUACCAACUCACACCAAGACUUACUCACAGACACCCACUCAAAUGCUACAAUUGAAUCUUUACCAAAAAAAUCUUAUGCCACUGCACUUAUGGCUACUUCUCAACAAGAAGUUGAAACUGCUAUUGCAUUUUUACAUACUUACUUUAUCUUCAGAGAGGUUCCUCCCCAUAUCAUCGAUAUCCCUGAACUCCCUGUACCUAAAUGGGAACUUUUUAAUAAUUACAUCUCUAAUGA